AUACAGAGGCAACCGUCCUUUUGCUAAUCAAUGGAAAUUGAUAGAAGACCUUGAAACAGAUGUUUUAACUGAAGAUAAAAUGUCAACAUUUCUUCAAUGUUUGAAGGAGAAUGAAGUAAACAUAGGUUGUGGAGAAGCAUCAACAUCGAAAAGACAAAUGUCAGACAAAGGUAAUGGAGAAGCAUCAACAUCAAAAAGACAAAUGUUAUUCAAAGGUAGUGGACAAGAAUCAACAUCAAAAAGACAAAUGUUUGACAAAGGUAGUGGAGAAGCAUCAACAUCAAAAAGACAAAUGUUAGACCAAGAUAUAAUUAUUACAGAUUUCCUGACUGAAAGGCAGAAAAAUUUGUAUCAGGAUGUAAACCUAAUGACACCAACAAUCUGGCACGAAGAUCAUGAAGUAGAUAUUGCAGAAGUAUUUACUGAACUCAAGUUAAUGCAGUCUAUAAAAAAAGACAGAAGAUCAAAAUCCAAGUCAACAUCUAUAAAACUGAAAGGUAGAUCCACAUCAUUAAAUGAGGUGUUAGAUGUUAUUAAAUCAACAGAAUCAUGUAAGGUAUUAAUUUCAGGAAAAGGAGGAAUGGGUAAGACUACCCUUCUUCGAUAUAUUGCCUAUCAGUGGGCUACUGAUGGUGUAUAUAAUGCCUUUGCUAAUAAAUUGCUGUUUCUGAUAAAUAUCAGAGACAUUAAAGCGAAUGAAUCAUUUGUUGACAUAGUUAAGAAGAAAAUUGAUUUAAAAGAAUUAAUAUUGGAGAACAAAUUGCCACCUAAUUCAGUUGAAGAUUUCCUGGUCAUUCAUGCUGAUGAAAUAGUGAUUUUGUUAGAUGGAUAUGAUGAGUUAGAAAAAGAUGCUAAAGAUCCAAUAGGUCUAUUUCAAGGGAAAGAAUUGAGAAAAUCUACCGUGUUGAUGUCAUCUCGACCUGACAACAUAACUAAAUUGAUUAAAUUCUCUGAUGUACAUAUCAUGGUUAAGGGAUUCAGUCCAAAAAACAUUAAAAAAUAUAUCCGUAAUCAUUUUCGCUUAAUCGGUAAAGAUGCAAUGGGGAUGUCGCUAAUUACAGAGUUCAGACGUGAUGAUCAUAAUGAUAGUGAGAGUUCUAAUGGUGUAUUUCAUGAUGAAGAUGAUGAUGAUGAUGAUUAUUAUGAUAGUGAUGAAGCCGGCAAUGACAGCGACAGCAGCGAUGACAUUGUUGACUUUAGUAGUGAUAGUGAUAAUGAUUUUGACAGUGACGACGAUGAUGAUUAUUAUUAUUAUGAUGAUGAUAAAGAAGGUGGUGACAAUGACAGCGACAACGAUGACGAAAAUAGUGGUAGCGAUGAUGGUGUUGAUUUUUAUAAUAAUUUUCAAAAUUAUAAAGGCUUAAUUUUUCGAAUUCCUCGUUGUCGUCUCCACAAAAAUGCAUUUCAGUUGUGCUCGUCUCCACUGUUAUUGCUUAAGAUUUGUGACAUAUGGAGAGAUAAACAAUGCCUUCCAAUAAAUUUGUCUGAUCUUUUCAAGGAAUUAUUUUGUGCUAUCUUGAAUCAAUACCAAAACAAGGAUGGCAUAAAAAAUCCUAUAUCCCAAUUUGACAGAAUUCCAGAGAUAUAUACAGAGGCCAUUAAAAUAUUAGGAGAAUGUAUGUAUGAAAGAUUAAAGGAUAAUAAACUGUCUAUUGACAAAUAUGAUUUGACAAAGAUAGCAAAAAAUGAAAAUUUGGUUUGUUUAGCACUGAAACUUGGUUUUGUAUAUAAAGAUAGCCCUAUUCUGCCAGGAUAUAUAAGGGAAAUUUACACAACCCCGCAUAAAUUAAUUACCGAGGCACUAGCAGGAUUUUACCUGAAUAAACAAAUCCAAAAUGGAAAUUUAAAUUCUAAUGAAUAUGAGGUGAUAUUGUGUAACAAUUUUUUAUCUAUGACGAGAAUAUUUACCAUCGGAUUUCUUGGUGCUGAAGCUUAUAAACUCCUUAGACGUUGGUUGAUAAAUGAGAAUGUUAACUCACUCAAUUACUUUGAUUGGAGCUAUUUCUCACUUACAGCUGAUAGUCUUAAAAGGCUGGUUGAAUCAGUAGGUGAGAAUGAGACAUUAAAUUGGAAAAGGAUUGACAUGAGGAGGAUUAACCUAUCUUCAAUAAGUGGAAGAACAUUAGCUUACCUUAUUAAAAUCUCUACAAACCUGACCCAUAUUGACAUGAGUCAUUGUAGUUUAUCAGGUAGUAUAAUUAAUGAAAUGAUGGAGGAAUGUCAUAGAAUGAAUGUAGUGUUGGAAGAUAACACACUUACUUUGAAGGGAAAUGACCUUUCAGAUAUUGAUGGUAAAUCACUUGCUAAGAUAGCAAGUCAGCCUUAUGGUUCCUUUAGAUGGAGCGAUUACUCACUUACAGCUGAUAAUCUAGAAAUGUUGGUAGAAUCAGUAGAUGAGGAGACAUUCAAUUGGGAAUAUAUGAUCAUAGAUAUGAAUCUGUCUUCAAUCAGUGGGAGAACAUUAGCUAAACUUUAUAAGAUCUCUCCACACCUGAUCCAUAUUGACAUGAGUGAUUGUAGUUUAUCAGGUAGUAUAAUUAAUGAAAUGAUGGAGGAAUGUCAUAGAAUGAAUGUAGUGUUGAAAGAUAACCUGCUUACUUUGAAGGGAAAUGACCUUUCAGAUGUUGAUGGUAAAUCACUUGCUAAGUUAGUCAGUGUUAUUGGUCACCUUGAUAAUGAUGAUGAUAAAUUUAUAUGGAGUGAUCAUUCACUUACAGCUGAUAAUCUAGAAAAGCUGGUUGAAUCAAUAGGUGAGAAUGAGACAUUGAAUUGGAAGAGGAUAGACAUGAGUGAGAUUAACCUAUCUUCAGUCAGUGGCAGAACAUUAGCUUACCUUAUUAAGGUCUCUACAAACCUGACCCAUAUUGACAUGAGUAAUUGUAGCUUAUCAGGUAGUAUUAUUAAUAGAAUGGUGGAGGAAUGUCAUAGAAUGAAUGUAGUGUUGAAAGAUAACAUGCUUACUUUGAAGAAUAAUGACCUUUCAGAUGUUGAUGAUAAAUCACUUGCUAAGUUAGCAAGUAAGCCUUAUGGUCUCUUUAGAUGGAGCGAUUACUCACUUACAGCUGAUAAUCUAACAAAGUUUUUUGAAUCAGUAGGUGAGAAUGAGAUAUUAAAUUGGCAAAGGAUUGACAUGAGUAGGAUUAACCUAUCUUCAAUCACUGGAAGAACAUUAGCUUGCCUUAUUAAAAUCUCUACAAACCUGACCAAUAUUGACAUGAGUGAUUGUAGUUUAUCAGGUAGUAUAAUUAAUGAAAUGAUGGAAGAAUGUCAUCGAAUGAAUGUAGUGUUGAAAGAUAACCUGCUUACUUUGAAUGGAAAUGACCUUUCAGAUGUUGAAGUUAAAUCACUUGCUAAGUUAGCAACUAAACCAGAUGGUCUCUUUAUAUGGAGAGAUUACUCACUUACAGCUGAUAAUCUAAAAAAGUUUGUUGAAUCAGUAAGUGAGGAUGAGACAUUAAAUUGGAAAAGGAUUGACAUGAGGAGGAUUAACCUAUCUUCAAUAAGUGGAAGAACAUUAGCUUACCUUAUUAAAAUCUCUACAAACCUGACCCAUAUUGACAUGAGUCAUUGUAGUUUAUCAGGUAGUAUAAUUAAUGAAAUGAUGGAGGAAUGUCAUAGAAUGAAUGUAGUGUUGAAAGAUAGCACACUUACUUUGAAGGGAAAUGACCUUUCAGAUAUUGAUGGUAAAUCACUUGCUAAGAUAGCAAGUCAGCCUUAUGGUCUCUUUAGAUGGAGUGAUUACUCACUUGCAGCUGAUAAUCUAGAAAAGCUGGUUGUAUCAGUAGGUGCGAAUGAGAAAUUGAAUUGGACAAAUAUAUACAUGAGUAAAAUUAAUCUAUCUUCUGUCAGUGGAAGGACAUUAGCUUGUCUUUGUAAAAUCUCUACACACCUGAUCCAUAUUGACAUGAGUCAUUGUAGUUUGUCAGGUUGUAUUAUUGGUGAAAUGAUAAAGGAAUGUCACAGGAUGAAUGUAGUAUUGAAGUGUAACAUGCUUAAUUUAAAUGGAAAUAACCUUUCAGACAUUGAUGGUGAAUCACUUGCUGUGUUACUUAAGGUAAUUUUUUAUUCUUAUUAUACUUCUCGAUUACAAUGGAGUAAUUACUCACUCACAGCUAAUAAUCUAGAAAAACUGCUAGAAUCAAUGGAUGAGAAUGAGACAUUAAAUUGGAAGUGGAUAGACAUGGGGAGGAUCAACCUAUCUUCAAUUAGUGGGAGAACAUUAGCUUGCCUUAUUAAGGUCUCUACAAACCUGAUCAGUAUUGACAUGAGUCAUUGUAGUUUAUCAGGUAGUAUUAUUAGUGGAAUGAUGGAGGAAUAUCAUCGAAUGAAUGUGGUGUUGAAAGAUAACAUGCUUACUUUGAAGGGAAAUGACUUUUCAGAUAUUGAUGGUAAAUCACUUGCUAAGUUACUUAAGGUAAUUAAUUGUUAUACAUUUAAGUGGAGUGAUUACUCACUCACAGCAAAUAAUUUAGAAAAGCUGGUUGAAUCAAUAGGUGAGAAUGAGACAUUGAAUUGGGAAAGUAUAGACAUGAGUAGGAUUAACCUAUCUUCAAUUAGUGGAAGAACAUUAGCUUGCCUUAUUAAAAUCUCUACACACCUGAUGUAUAUUGGCAUGAAUCAUUGUAAUUUAUCAGGUAGUAUAAUUAAUGGAAUGGUGGAGGAAUGUCAUAGAAUGAAUGUAGUAUUGAAAGAUAACCUGCUUACUUUGAAGGAAAAUGACCUUUCAGAUAUUGAUGGUAAAUCAAUUGCUAAGUUUGCAAGUCAGCCUUAUGGUCUCUUUAGAUGGAGUGAUUACUCACUUACAGCUGAUAAUCUAGAUAAGCUGGUUGUAUCAGUAGGUGAGAAUGAGAAAUUGAAUUGGAAAAGGAUAGACUUGAGUAGAAUUAACCUAUCUUCAGUCAGUGGAAGGACAUUAGCUUGUCUUUGUAAGAUCUCUACAAACUUAACCCGUAUUUACAUGAAACGUUGUAGUUUGUCAGGUUGUAUUAUUAGUGAAAUGAUAAAGGAAUGUUGUAGGAUGAAUGUAGCAUUGAAAUGUAACCUGCUUAGUUUGAAGGGAAAUAACCUUUCAGAUAUUGAUGGUAAAUCACUUGUUGAGUUACAUAAGGUAAUCUAUCAGCCAGAUACUUUACCAUUUCAAUGGAGCAAUUACUCACUCACCGCUAAUAAUCUAGAAAAGCUGGUAGAAUCAGUAGGUGAGAAUGAGACAUUGAAGUGGAAAAGGAUAGACAUGAGGGGGAUCAACCUAUCAUCAAUCAAUGGAAAAACAUUAGCUUGCCUUAUUAAGGUCUGUACACACCUGAUCAGUAUUGACUUGAGACAUUGUAGUUUAUCAGGUAGUAUAAUUAAUGAUAUGAUGGAGGAAUGUCGUAAGAGGAGUGUAGUACUGAAAAAUAACAUGCUUUGUUUAAAGGGAAAUGACCUUUGGGGUAUUGAUGGUAAAUUUUCUGCUGAGUUAAUGAGCAUAAUGUUAUAAAUUGAAUAAUUGUGUUUUUUUUUUUUCUUUUAAAUGAUAUGAUGAUGAUAAUGAAAGCUUAGUCUUGAGGGCAAUAACCUUUAACUGAUAUUAAAUGUGGUAUAUUUUGCUAGUUAUUUCAGGGAGAGAUCAGAAGGGGGAGAAACAAAAAUCGGGCUAUCAAAAGUUAAAUGACACUGCAUUGUACAUUUGUAAUGUUAUUUUUGUAUUUUGAAUUUUAUAUGGCUUUUGUUUGCUAAAAUAUAUAUUUGAAAAUAAAUUCUAUAUUGAAUCAUAA